GAUCGGCUAAAAUUAAUCGUUUUAUAUUUAAUAAAUUUUAAAAAUUGAUAAGCGUAAAUUUUUUUAUUAUUAUAAUUAUUCGUUAGAGAGAAUAUAUGUCUUAUAUAAACUCUCGAAACGGUCCGCGAUUGGUGGAAGUAACCGACAUUUAAAAAAAAAAUAAUAAUAAUAAAUACAGUAAAUUGAUAAUGUGACGUCAUCAAAAAAAUGGUCGAUUACUCACGCACGUUUUUCGAUGACGGUUUCCGGCGUAGAGCGGCUUGUGUUUGUGUACGGAACGAAGAGGAAAAAGAGGUGUUACUAGUUUCAAGUAGAAAAAAUGAAAAUUGGUGGAUUAUACCCGGAGGUGGAAUCAACCUGAAUGAAGAACCUGCUGUAGCUGCAACAAGAGAAGUGAAAGAAGAAGCUGGAGUCAUUGGAAAAUUAGAUCGUUUUCUUGGAAUUUUUGAAAAUACUAAAUCCUGCUACCGCACAUUUGUGUAUGUCUUGAUAGUAACUGAAGAGUUAUCAGAAUGGGAGGAUUUAAAAAGAAUAGGAAGAAAACGAAAAUGGUUUCACAUUAAAGAAGCUAUGGAAAUUAUAUAUAAAUCACAUGAAAAAGAUUAUUUAAAGCAAUUAAUUAAUAGUCAAAAUAAGUUAUAAUACACAGUUUACAAAUACAUUCCAUAUUUAUUUAUCAGAGUUAACAAAGAUCAUUUUAUCACAUCCAAUCCAAGUGCACAGUUUUUCAGUCUUGUACUGCCCACACAUUU